AUGGCACUCAUUGAGGUCAUAGCGAACGAUCGUCUUGGACGCAAAGUGCGUGUCAAAUGCAGUCCGGACGACACUGUCGGAGAUUUGAAGAAGCUGAUUGCUGCUCAAACGGGUACGGACUAUCGCAAAAUUCAGUUGAAGAAAUGGUACACGAUCUAUAAGGACCACAUAACUCUGGGGGACUAUGAGAUACAUGAUGGAAUGAGCUUGGAAAUGUACUAA